AUGUCAUCGACCUACAGGAGGAGUGCUAGGCUUGCCUGUGGCGGUGUCCAGCGGAUUGACUCGACGCAAGAGUCCGAGACGGGCACGCGCUGGGAAAACGGCUUCGUUCCGUGGGGUGCCUCACGAGCUGCCGCCAUGGAGGCACCCUCUACAUCUCCAAAAAGCCCCGACCGCCUGCCGCCUUAUCUCUGUAACCAAUGCCAUGACACUGUCGCGUGA